AUGUAGUCAAAGACAGAGAGAAGUUUUAAGACAAGAGUAGGCAUAUAUAGCUAGGUUACCAGCUUCAAGAAUCUCAACCUUAAAAUUGCAUAGCAAAGAAAGAAAGCUAAAAGGGUACUUUUUUUCCACCUUCAUUAAUCUUCUUUGUGUGAUCACAUUAAAUUAUAAGCUCUCAAUAUUCACAUAAGCACAAGAAAAAAAGAUUUUAGAUGGGGGAGAAGAGAACAAAAUGCUAUCUGGAUAUAAGCAUUGGAGGAGAGCUUGAAGGGAGAAUAAUCAUUGAAUUGUACAGUGAUGUUGUGCCUAAAACUUGUGAAAAUUUCAGGGCUCUUUGUACUGGUGAGAAAGGCAUUGGCUCCUGUACUUCUGCUCCUCUCCAUUACAAGGGAGUCUGUUUUCAUCGUGUUAUUAAGAGCUUAAUGGUUCAAGGUGGGGAUAUUUCCGCUGGAAAUGGUACUGGCGGAGAAUCCAUCUACGGGUUGAAAUUCGAAGAUGAGAAUUUUGAACUGAAACAUGAAAGGAAGGGAAUGUUAUCAAUGGCCAACACUGGUCCUGAUACUAAUGGAUCCCAAUUUUUCAUUACUACUACUCGAACUUCUCAUCUAGAUGGAAAGAAUGUUGUAUUUGGAAAAGUGAUUAAAGGCAUGGGAGUUGUUCGUUCAAUUGAGCAUGUUCCAACCGAAGAUGAUUAUUUGCCAUCUGUCGAUGUUUUGAUUGCGGAUUGUGGUGAAAUUCCUGAGGGUGCAGAUGAGGGGCUUGCCAAUUUUUUCAAAGAUGGUGACAUGUAUCCAGAUUGGCCAGCUGAUCUUGACACCAGUCCCAGCGAGCUGUCUUGGUGGAUGAAUGCUGCAGACUCUGUCAAAGGUUUUGGCAACGAUCAUUUUAGGAAACUAGAUUACAAGAUGGCCCUCAAAAAAUACCGAAAGGCAUUGCGGUAUUUGGACGUCUGUUGGGAGAAAGAAGGCAUUGAUGAAGAAACAAGUUCCGGAUUGAGAAAGAUAAAGUCACAGAUAUUUACUAACAGUUCUGCCUGUAAAUUAAAGUUAGGGGACUUGAAGGGUGCACUCUUGGACACCGACUUUGCUAUCCGUGAUGGUGAGAACAAUGUGAAGGCUUACUUUCGGCAAGGUCAGGCACACAUGGCACUGAAAGACAUAGAUGCUGCAGUUGAGAGCUUCAGGAAAGCACUGGAGUUGGAGCCGGCAAAUGUUGGAAUAAAGAAGGAGCUUGCUGCUGCCAAUAAGAAGAUUACUGACAGAAGGGAGCGCGAGAAAAAAGCCUUUGCCAAUAUAUUUAAAUGAAGCGAGACAUAAUAUGCAAGCAAGAUUUGGUUUCUGCACUUUGUUCAGAGUAGUCUGGACUUUUGAUAUCGAUAGCAGAAAAAAUCAGGUGAUCUUGAAGAUGCCAAGGGCGAAAAAAGAUCCUUUAGCGAUACAACUAGCACCCAUCAAGCCUGGGUUUUUCUUGUCAGAUAUUAUGUAGUGUAGCAACAGCAGUUUACGACGAAACUGAUGCUUAAUUGUAGUCCAAAAUUUUGUGUAUUUUACAAAGACAAACUUCUAAGUUUCUUUUACUGAUUGAUGAAUAUCUGAUCGAUUGAUCCAACUUCAACUCACAAUUUGUACUCUGGAUACACAAUUUUUUCCUCUCA